GCCACGUUCAGCGGAGGCCGGAGCAAGAUGGCGAUCCCGGGCAGGCAGUAUGGGCUUAUUUUGCCAAAGAAAGCACAGAAGUUGCACCCUGUUUUGCAAAAACCAUCAGUGUUUGGGAAUGAUUCUGAUGAUGAUGAGACCUCCGUGAGUGAAAGCCUUCAGAGGGAAGCUGCUAAAAAGCAAGCAAUGAAACAGACUAAACUGGAAAUCCAGAAGGCUCUUGCAGAAGAUUCCACUGUAUAUGAAUAUGACAGUAUUUAUGAUGAAAUGCAGAAAAAAAAGGAAGAAAAUAAUCCUAAAUUGCUUUUGGGAAAAGACCGAAAGCCCAAAUAUAUUCACAACUUACUAAAAGCAGUUGAGAUCAGAAAAAAGGAACAGGAAAAAAGAAUGGAAAAGAAAAUACAGAGAGAACGAGAAAUGGAAAAGGGAGAAUUUGAUGAUAAAGAGGCAUUUGUGACAUCUGCUUAUAAGAAAAAACUGCAAGAGAGAGCUGAAGAGGAGGAAAGAGAAAAGAGGGCCGCUGCACUCGAAGCACGUUUGGAUGUAACCAAGCAGAAAGAUCUCAGUGGAUUUUAUAGGCAUCUAUUAAAUCAAGCAGUUGGUGAAGAAGAAGUCCCUACAUGCAGCUUUCGUGAAGCUAGGUCUGGGAUAAAGCAAGAGAAACCAAGGGGUUAUUCUGAUGAAGUAACUUCAGAGAACAGAAUACCACCUGAGAAAUGCAUUCUCCAAACUAUUGUGAAAGUAGAGGAAAACCCAGAUGCAGACAGUGACUUUGAUGCUAACAACAGCGAAGAUGAUGAACUAGAAGAAAAUAAUAAAGUGAACUGCAGAAGGGAAAAGAGCAUAGAGACCUCUAAGAAUGACUCCAGGCAUCACAGGAGUCAAACCCACUCACGGUCAUCUAGUGAAGAAAGAGAACAUGGUACCAAAAGCCACACAAAAAGUUCCAAGUCAAGAGGACAUGAGAAACGGGAAGAUCAGCACCAAGAGAGACAAUUCAGGAACCAGGAGAACUAUUAUACUAACCGUGAUUACCAAAAAGAAAAGAAAGAUUCCCAUAGGCAUAGAGAUUCCCAUUGGAAGAGGCAUGAACAAGAAGAUAAACUGAGGGGAAGAGACCAAAGAGAAAGAAAUGACAGAGAAUGGAAAAGGGAGAAAGACAGACAGAAAUAUCCCACAAGAGAACAAGAAAGAGAUAGACAACGAAAUGAUCAUGACCGACACAGUGAGAAAGGAGUAGAAAAGGAAGAGAAAAGCAAAGAGAAGGAAGAACAUACGAAAGCAAGGAAAGAAAAAUAUGAAAACAGAGAUAGAGAAAAACGAGAAAUGACUGUUCAAUCUUCAGAAAGAAAGCGAGACAGAAAGGAAAACAGCCCGAAUUCUAGGUCAAAGGAUAUGUUUCUUGACCAGGAGAGAUCCAAUAAAAUGAGAAAUGUGGAAAAGGAUAAAGAAAGUAACCCAGAGAAACUCUCUAGUUCUGAAACAUCACUGGGAACAAAACACAGAACCACAGAGGAAUGCCAAGAGAUGGGCAAAGAACAAGAGAGACCACACGAGACUGGGAACAAGUUUGCAAAACGGAACAAUGAAGAAACUGUAAUGUCAGCUAGAGACAGGUACUUAGCCAGGCAUAUGGCACGGGUUAAUGCAAAGACAUAUAUUGAGAAAGAAGAUGAUUGACUUUGUGGAACAUGCUGUGUGAACACAUAAAAGAGUGUUAAUAAUGGUAAAAUAUUUUCAAAAUUCAUUAUUUGUUUAGGGUUUAGUCAAAAGUCAGUCUUUUUUAUCCUAAAUGCUUGACUGAAUCAAUAUAUAAUAUUUACAUAUCAAUACCACAUUCUUGGUUGUAUUCAAGCAGCCUAAAGAGUGUGCUAAGUCCCGUCCUGGUAGAUACUUUAUGAAGAAAAUUGGCUCCACUAUAACCAUUAAAAGAUAAUUUAAACAACUCUCCUAAUGUUGGUUUUGUUGCAGGAGCUGUUUAUUUUAUAAAUACUGUGUUUCCUAUUAAAUUAAGUGGAUUUGAACAUAGAGAAUAUUGUUAUACUUUAUGUUUUGAAAUUUGUAUUAAAGUAUAAAAUAUGGAGUUAUAUAUCUUGUUAGCUCAAGCAUAUUUGGCUUAAAUGAAAAUAAAAAUGGUGAUAUGUUUGUACUUUCAA